AUGGGGAUCUCGGAUUUCUUCUCGGAUCUGAUGAGCUCUGUCUCCUUCGUGCAGGAAGUACACGCCGAAGCUCCUGCCGACGACGAGGAAGCUGAGGAAGGUGGUGACGACUCCAAGGAGGAAGGCGACGAAGAAGCCCCAGGAGGAGAAGACGGAGGUGACGAGGAGGAGGAAGAGGAGGAGGAGGAAGAGGAGGAAGAGCCUGUGGACCCAAAGCCGCAACUAGAGGAGAAUUGUGCCCGUUCUGCCCAAUGUUCCGGUUACAAGCACCACUAUGACGAGUGCGUCGAACGCGUGACGGCGAGCAACGAAGACCCCGACUACAAAGGUCCCAAAGAAGAUUGUGUGGAAGAAUUUUUCCACCUUCAACAUUGUGCAACGCAGUGCGCCGCCGGCAAACUGUUCGCGCAGCUCAAAUAA